AUUCUAUUCUUUUGGGGUAGGAAGUGGGGUGGAGGGAGGGUUGCAGGCAGGAUAGGGAUCAGACAACCUAGGUUGGAGGAUGCCUUUCACCCCUCCUCUCCCUAUCCCCCUCUUCCCCGUGCCCCUUCCUGUGCCAAGAGCAAGCAGUACAUACUAGAACCAGGCAAGAUGUCUUGGGCAGCGGCAGCGGUAGCCUUCCCAGAAGCUCCUAGCCUAGCUGCACAACCAGAGGGAGAAGCUUAGCCUCAGACCCUGCUCCCAUUUCCCAGCCUUCUGGGUCCUCUGGGCAGCAGGCUCUGGCCUGUCUCUCAGACCAUAAGAGUUGCAGAGAAGCAGGAAUAACAAACCCAGGCUUGGAGGAGAUGGAGUAGAUCUGAGAAACAGGAAAAACGUUUUUCAAAACCUGGGAAGAGAGGGUUUCUUCUUUGCUUCUCGCUUUCUGAAAACAAUGCUGAUCAGUGGAGAACUCUUCUCCCCUUCUACCAGUACAAACCCCGAGAAAACAGUCUCCUCCUUUAGCUCUCUUCUAAGGAGAUUGAGAUUCAAGAUUCAGAGACAUUUACCCACCUUCCCUGGAGGGAAUAACCCCUGCCUUGCCUAACCCCAAGCAAAGCAGGGGUUAACUUCUCUGAAAACACAAUUAACUUUUUCCUCUUCUGCGUGGGGAGGGGAGGGAUAUAUUUAUUUGAUCACUGGGGGAUGGGGAGGUAUCAAUCCAAGUGCUCCCUCCUCCCUCAAAGGCACAGACGCCUCUUUCGCAGACCCUACGUAGGUGGAACAGGACGGGUUGUGCUGUUGGGGAGAGAGAGAGAAAGCAGAAGGAGAAGAAGGAGGGGGGAAAAAAAAGGUUGAUAGGUUUGUGCGCGGGUCCCUAGCGCGGGCUGCGCUCCUCCUGGGUGCUAUUUGACAAUUCCUGCCUCUGCCAUUGGUCAGUGUUGGAUCAGAUGGUUGUAUUUCCUUCUGGCCCUCACUGGCACCUCGCCAUCCCCCCUCAGCUAAAACCCAAUCUCAGAUAUACUACUAAUAGGCGCGGCGCUCGGACUAUAAAACACAACAAAUCAUAAACCCGGCGGAGCAGCAGCGGCCGCGCGCGCCUCCCCUCCCAAUGAGUUCCUAUUUCGUGAACUCCACCUUCCCCGUCACUCUGGCCAGCGGGCAGGAGUCCUUCCUGGGCCAGCUCCCUCUCUACUCGUCGGGCUAUGCGGACCCGCUGAGGCACUACCCCACGCCCUACGGGCCCGGGCCCGGCCAGGACAAGGGCUUUGCAGCUUCCUCCUAUUACCCGCCGGCCGGCAGCGGCUACGGCCGGGCGGCGCCCUGCGACUACGGGCCGGCGCCGGCCUUCUACCGCGAGAAGGAGUCGGCCUGCGCGCUUUCGGGUGCCGACGAGCCGCCCCCGUUCCACCCGGAGCCGCGGAAGUCCGACUGCGCGCAGGACAAGAGCGUGUUCGGCGAGGCGGAGGAGCAGAAGUGCUCCACCCCAGUCUACCCCUGGAUGCAGCGGAUGAAUUCAUGCAACAGUUCCUCCUUUGGGCCCAGUGGCCGGCGAGGCCGCCAGACCUACACGCGCUACCAGACGCUGGAGCUGGAGAAGGAGUUUCACUACAAUCGCUACCUGACGCGGCGGCGGCGCAUCGAGAUAGCGCACGCCCUGUGCCUGACGGAAAGGCAGAUCAAGAUCUGGUUCCAGAACCGGCGCAUGAAGUGGAAAAAGGAGAGCAAACUGCUCAGCGCGUCUCAGCUCAGUGCCGAGGAGGAAGAAGAAAAACCAGCCGAAUGAAGGCGCUGGAAGGGGGCGGGGGGACGCGAAGGGAGAGGCCUUCGGGGAGCCGAGGGCAUCGGAGAGCCCCGAGAAGGCUCUGCGGGCGGGGGAGCCUGGGGACCUGCUCUCCAGCGCGCGACAGGCGGGGCCACUGCUCUCCUGGAUGCCCCCGCCCGCAAAGCUCUCGCUGGGCGCUGGGAGGCCGCGCUGCCUGAGCCCAGCCAGCACCCCAGUGCUCCCUCCAUCCCCGUGGAACCUCCUCAGCCCAAAGAGGCUCCCCCGUGAGAACUGAGGACCGGACUCACUUGAUGUUUCCUGGAAGCAGAGCAAAACGCUCUUGUCCGUGUCGCGUCUCAUUUCGUCCAUGUCCCCCGUGCACGGUUCAAUGGUAGAUUCGCAGUCCCCUCAGCGGGGGCCUCGAAGACUCCCUGACCCCAGACCUCUCUCCCAGCCCCUCCCCAAAGCCACUGGAAGGAGCACAUACUACCUAGAAGUAAGAAGAGGAGCCUCAGAAGAAAACAAAGUUCUAUUUUAUUAAUUUUCUAUGUGUUGUGUUUGUAGUCUUGUUUUAGCUCUGGACGUGAAAUACUUCGGUAAUAAUAUUAAUAUUAUUAAUAAUGAUAAUAAUAAUAAUAAAGACGUAAAACCUC